AUGGAAGACGAAGCUUUUAUUCAACAUAGACAGCAAAAUACAGAUGAAGUCGAAUUAAUAGACUCAGACAAGCAGGAUGAAAUAGUUAACAAUAUGAAAAAAGAUUAUGAAGGCUUUGCAAAAACACAAAAUAUCUUCUUUAUUGUUUUAAGCGUUUCUAUGAUAUUAUUAUGCUUAUUUUUAACAACGCAAGUAGAACACAAGAUAAUUCCAUUGAUUUAUGCUAUUCCUCAUGCAGUUUCUCUUGCAGCACAUUUCAUUCAAAUUCGAAACUCUAUACAGAUCAUUGUAAUUGUAGAAUUAAUCUCAAUUAUUCUAAGCUUAUUCACAUUAAAGUACUUUAAUACAUUCGUUGCCAUACUUUUACAUUUAAUAUUCUUAUUAAUAUUCUAUCUUAAAUGCAGCGCCACCAAAUUCCGAAAUGAAUUUGGUACAGAAAUUAGUGAUCUCGAAAAGAAGAAAUAUUCUUACAAAGCUGCUUAA